GCCUCGGAAGCGAUCUCCCAGCAGGCCCAGGCCUGGCUGGCAGCCUUUGUGCAGAAUUAUCCGUGCUCCCAUUGUGCCACUCACUUCCUGGACGUCUGCGAGGCGAUGCCACCGCAAACCAAGUCUCGCGAAGACUACGCGGUUUGGUGGUGUCAGGCGCACAACAAAGUCAACGAA